AUGGUUCGCGAGGAGCUGAUCUCCUCUGCUGAUCCGUCUGUCGCUUCGGCUCCGAUUGAGAAGAGGAUAUCUUUCCUUCAAUCGAAGAACCUCACAAAAGAGGAGGUUGAUGUAGCUCUCGCUCGCGCCGGCGAGGAUCCGUCAGUGGCCGCUGCAGCAUCAUCAGCAGCUUCGGGAUAUCAAUCCCCACCCCAACAAGCGGUCUACCGGCCUCCCCCUCCACCGCAAGGAUAUGGCUAUCCUCCAUAUAGCCAGUGGCAACCUCCCCCAGAGCCGCCAAAGCGGGACUGGCGCGACUGGUUCAUAAUGGCUACAGUCAUGGGAGGGGUUGGUUAUGGUCUUUACUUUGUGGCAAAGCGAUACAUUUCGCCUUUGAUCGCACCGCCGACUCCACCGCAAUUGGAACAGGACAAGCAAAACAUUGAUGAGCAGUUUUCCCGGGCUUUCGCGUUGAUUGAGCAGCUCUCCACGGAUACUGCCGCCCUAAAGACGGCCGAAGAAGCCCGUACCGAGAAAUUGGACGUUACCUUGCGAGACGUAGAGACACUAGUUGCGGACUUGAAGACCGCUUCGCGACGGCGAGAUGAUGAGACUCGACGUAUCAAUGAUGAGGUUAAUGCACUAAAGGAUGCCAUUCCAAAGGCGCUUGAAGGUGCGCGAGAAGGCAACGAGAACCGCCUGCGGGAACUCGGGACUGAAUUAAGGAGCUUGAAGACACUUCUGGGUAAUAGACUUGGUGGAGGUGCUGCGUCCUCGCCGGUCACCGCGAAGGUGCCGGAUACCACUGCGGCUAGUACCUCCGAGUCCACUCCAUCUUCAGCUCUUCCUGCAAGCUCAGCCCUGCCUGCCAGCAACGGAGCUUCCCCAGCUACACCCCAAACUGAAACCGCAUCUGGAGAAGCACAAGCGACCCAGACUCCGAGCGCCAACGCCAACAACCCCUUGUCACGAUUCAGCAAAUCACCCUCAAUUCCUGCCUGGCAGUUGGCCGCCGCAAACCGAUCCAAGCCCGCAUCUCCCUCCGUCGAGCCUGCUAGUGAAGAAUCGACCAACGACCAGUCGAAAAAUACCAUGCCUCCCACCAUGUCACCGACCCCGCGAAGAUCAAAUUCUCCCUCGCGCACCCGCUCACGAUCCCCGUCAAGAUCCUACGAACAUAGCAAACGCCGCCGCCGUGAUGACCACGAUCGUGACCACGAACGUCGCCAUAGGCACAGACACGGGCAUGGACAUCAUUCUCAUCGCCGCGACCGUGACCGCGACCGCCGUUCCGAGCCCGAAACCCGAGUCGCAAUAACCCUCCCACUCGGAGCGCGCGAGCUCUCAAAGCGCGACUUGGAACUCUUCGAACCCAUGUUCGCCAUGUACCUUGAUAUCCAGAAGGGAAUUUUCCUCGAGGAUCUGGGCGAGGAUGAAGUGAAAGGGCGGUGGAAGAGUUUUGUGGGGAAAUGGAACCGUGGAGAAUUGGCUGAGGGUUGGUAUGACCCUGCUACAUUAGAGAAGGCACGGAGUGCUGCUGCGUCUGCGCCCGGACCUGCAGAUUCACAUCAGGAUGCGAUGGGAGAAAAACAUCAGGCCAUUGUACCUAGCGCUGGUGACGACGAGGAGGAAGAGGCCAAUGAUAAUGAUGACGACGACGAAUACGGUCCUAUGCCUCAGUACGGAUUAUCGAGUCGAGGUGGUGGGCGAGCUCCAGGGCCCGCGAUACCGACGAUGCAAGAUCUAGAACUGCGGAAGGAAACUGCCGCAGAAGACGCCAUGGCAGACCGAUACGAUGAGCGCCAACACCACCGGGCAGAAGUCCGGACACACAAGUCCGAGCUUCGCCACAUGGAAGACGAGGUCGCGCCACGCGCCGAGCCAGGGACGCAUGAGCGCCGUAUGGAAAAGCAACGCGAGGCGGCUGCGUCUAAUCGAGCCUUUGCUGAAUCCCGGAGAGGCGGCUCUCCUACUGAUGCCGCUCCUGAUGCCGAGCUCAUGGGCUCUGGCGAGAACGAUCUAGAUGCCAUCAAAGCAGAUAGAGAUAGGGAGAAAAGGAAGAAGAAUGAGCGGGAGAUACGGAGGGAGGAGAUCCUGCGUGCUAGGACGGCGGAGCGGGAGGAGAGGGUGAAGCAAUAUCGGGAGAAAGAGGAAGAGACAAUUGGGUGGUUGAAGGCAUUAGCGAAGCAGAGGUUUGGUUGA